AUGGGUACACGUAACUGGACUAUUUUGUGCUGGAAUGUUCGUGGGAUCAAUGCCACAGAGAAAUGGGAUGCGGAGCAUCUGGGGGUAUCCUUGUUCUCUGGAACAGUGAAAGUUUUUUCAGGCAUAGUCACUGAUAAACAGAGCUUUGGUCUCACAGUUAGCUUCACUUCGACUCACACCAGCGAGACCUGGAAACUAACCACAGUCUUUGGACCAUGUAAUGAUCCUACCCGCUCAGAGUUUGUCAGUUGGUUUCGUAGUCAUGCUAUAUCUGACUCAGAGAAUUGGAUCUUCUUGGGAGAUUUUAAUUUCUACCGCUCUCUGAAUAAUCAAAAUAGACCCGGUGGCAAUCUUGCUGACACUUUUAUUUUCAAUGAUGCGAUUAGGCAUCUUGGUUUAGUUAAGCUGCCUUUGAAGGGUCGGGCAUUCACUUGGAGCAAUAUGCAAUCUGAUCCGUUGCUUGAGCAACUUGAUUGGUUCUUCACGUCCACUAACUGGACCAUCGACUUCCCCAACACAGAGGUCCUCCCUUUAGCAAAGAUCACUUUGGAUCAUAUUCCAUGCAAGGUGGUGAUUAGCACAAAAAUUCCUAGAGCUAAUCUAUUCUGUUUUGAGAAUUUCUGGGCAGAGCAAGAUGAUUUCCUGGACACAGUAUAUGACUCAUGGACCUCUACGCCAGCUAACAGUGAUGCUGCACGUACCAUCUCUUCCAAAUUCAAGGCCCUAAGAACCAGACUGAAGGACAGGAGCAAGCAUUUAUCAAAUCUAAGAAUGCUCAUCAGCAACUGCAACCAAGUCAUUGGUUUUCUAGAUGCUUUGGAGGAUAUAAGAGGCCUUUUAAAUCCAGAAGCAAACCUACGGGCUGUUCUCAAGAAACAACUUCAAAUUUCGUUCUGA